AUGCUCUCCAAGAAUGCCAGAGGGUAUUCAGAAGAGAAGCUGGCCGACAGCAAGAGAUUCCGGGCCAAUCUCGCUGAUGCAUUCCUUUCAGGAGAGCUCACAGGCCAGAGAGCAGCCUCCUUAUUUAGUGAUGCUAAAGCUUCAGGCUCUCGUCACAUCGAUGAUCUGGGCCACCUGCCAAAGCACCAGCAGAACCAUAAUCGAAGUUUGAAGCGAAAAUUACUCAAGAACACAGAGUGGCCGAGACUUUACUGGGCUCCCAUCAGGCUUUGGUCCGACAAGCGGCAACAAAUGGUAAAACAAGAGCUUCCGUUUCUUCUCCCUCAUGAACUCCUUUUCAAGCUUAUGCUUCAUGGCGAUCCUGGCAUUUUCAUGAGCAAGGAGAAUCUCCAGCCGGAUGAUGAGCAGCAUCUGGCAUAUGCAGCUUCGCAUAUGAGUUUGCCCAGUCACAACUCCUUGCUGCCUUUGGGUCUCUGGUCAGAUGCUGUUCCUUGCAACUGGGAUCGGAGCCAAUCUCUGGGUUUGCUUGUGUUGAAUUUUCCCAGCCUGCCAGGUCAGUGGCACAAGCUGAGGAUUCCAAUAUUUUGCUGCAAGAAGCAUUUUCAGAUCAAGCAGCUGACCAUGGACGAUGCCAUGAACGUGGCCCUCCAAGCGACACGAGGAUCUCGCAAGAAAGCUGGCGACGAUCUGCCCAGGGCGGUUCUGACACAGAUCCGAGGUGAUCGGAAGAUGCUGAAGGAGCUCUUCGCUUUGCCACAACACAAUGAAGUGAACGGCAUCUGCUUUAGAUGCCCCUGCACCCCUGCAACCAUGCGAGAAGUAGGCUUAAGUGCUUCCUGGACACAGCGCCACUACGACGACUGGUCCUUUAUGACAAGAUUCUUGAUGCAGGGUCGCCUUGUAUCGCCAGUUUUCGGCAUACCAUGCUUCAAGCCUGGAAAUGUCAUACGAUUAGACUGGUUGCAUGUAGUUGAUCUGGGGGUCGCUGCUGACACAGCAGGGCAGAUCCUAUGGCAGGUGCAACUUCGCUUACCUGGAAGCAAUGUGGCAGAGAGAUUGAAAGCACUUUUUCUGGAGAUGAAGGGGUUCUAUGGCGAAUCUCACUCUCCAGACCAACUGAACACCCUCACCGAAACAAUGAUCAGAAAAGACAGCCGCGCAGCUCCGAAGUUAAAGGCGAAAGGAGCAGAGGUCAGAAAGUUGAUUCCCUUCCUGGUCGAGAUCGCUAAUCGCUACUUGGUUGAUCCUGCCAAGCCUGAGGAUGAGGCACAGCGGAAAUGUGUGAGACACCUGCUCGACUGCUACGAAGCUUUGACCGAGCCCUACAGCAGGGAUGACCUCAUGUUGGCAGGCCGUCUGUUUGCCAGUCAGGCAGUUGCCCUUGAAGCCUACUUUGACGACGGGGUGACUUGGCGAACAAAGCCGAAGAUGCAUUUGUUUAUGCAUCUCAUUGAAAGCCACGCCAACCCUAGCACCAUCUGGUGCUAUCGGGAUGAAGACUAUGGUGGUGCAGCAGCCAAUGCAGUUCGGAUGAAAGGAGGUUGGAACACUGCCCCUUCUUCGUCCCAGCAAGUGCUCGAUAAAUUUCGAGCAAAGCACCAGCUGCCUUGCAUUAUGUGA